UCCCCAUCACAGUUUGUUAUGAUCUUAUGGAUCCUCCAUCGUCCAUUUAAAUUUAGGUAUAGUUUUGCAAAUUUUAAUCAUCUUUAAUGUUCUCAAAUAGUUAAAACGAACCGCGGAGUACGUGCAGUUCCCUCCUCUCCGCAAAAUGUGCAGAGAUCGUUCCCAAAUCUGUGACCCAGUAUAAUUGGUGAGCUGUGCUGUGACAUGAAGCAAUACUUUUCCCAAGAUGACCCAUCGAAGACCCGUUUAUACUUCCUGCAGCGAGCCUCCUGCAUCCAGCUCCAUUUCGGAUCCGCUCAGGGAGUUGUUCGAAGCUUGCAGAACAGGAGAUUUGAAUAAAGUGAAAAAGCUGGUCAACCCUCAGACUGUCAAUGCGAGGGACACAGCUGGACGCAAGUCGACCCCUCUCCACUUCGCAGCAGGUUAUGGCCGUCGUGAGGUAGUGGAAUACUUGAUAGCUGCAGGUGCAUCAAUCCAAGCACGCGAUGAUGGAGGACUCCACCCUUUGCAUAAUGCCUGCUCAUUCGGGCAUGCAGAUGUAGUCCGAGUACUUCUUGAAGGCGGAGCCAAUGCUAAUACACGAGACAAUUGGAAUUACACCCCAUUGCAUGAAGCAGCCAUCAAAGGAAAAGUAGAAGUUUGCAUCGCAUUGCUACAACAUGGUGCAGACACAAGUAUUAGAAACACAGAAGGGAAAACAGCGUUAGAUUUAGCUGAAGCAGGCACAAGAGCUGUAUUAAGUGGCGAGUAUCGUAAAGAGGACUUACUGGAAGCUUCUCGAUCUGGAGCAGAAGAUAGGCUGCUUAGUUUACUGAAUCCUCUGAACGUUAACUGUCAUGCAAGUGACGGUCGCCGGUCGACCCCUCUUCAUCUAGCAGCUGGAUACAAUCGCGGGCGUGUUGUUCAACUACUUCUCCAGCAUGGAGCGGAUGUCCAUGCCAAAGAUAAAGGUGGUCUGGUUCCUCUUCACAAUGCGUGUUCAUAUGGCCACUUUGAGGUGACCGAGAUGUUGAUCAAGCACGGAGCAAACGUCAACGCUAUGGAUCUAUGGCAAUUCACACCCCUCCAUGAAGCUGCCUCGAAGUCCCGUGUUGAAGUCUGCUCGUUGCUUCUCAGUGAAGGGGCUGACCCAACGCUUCUCAACUGCCACUCUAAAUCUGCAAUAGACGUUGCACCCACCAAAGAGCUUCAAGAAAAACUAUCAACUGAAUUUAAAGGACACUGCCUGCUGGACGCCUGCUUUCAAGCUGACAUCUCCAGAGUGAAAAAAUAUAUCUCCGUAGAUUUAGUCAAUUUUAAACAUCCCUAUACGGGGAAUACACCUCUUCAUCGUGCUGUGAUGUCUUGCUAUCCCAAACGCAAGCAAGUAGUUGAAUUGUUAAUCAGAAAAGGUGCACAGUUAAAUGAAAAGAACAAGGACUUCUUGACUCCUCUCCAUGUCGCCGCUGAUAUGUCUCAUUUUGAUAUCAUGGAGGCACUGCUUAGGUUAGGAGCCAAAGUCAAUGCACUGGAUGCUCUUGGACAAACUGCUUUGCAUCGCUGUGCGCGUGAAGAUAACGUUCAAGGGUGUCAGAUCCUUCUUUCAUUCAAUGUGGAUACUAGUAUAGUUUCAUUACAAGGCUACACUGCUCUGACGGUUGCUCAAGAAAGUGCACAAAAAAUCUUGCAAGAACCACCCUCAGUUCUUGAUUUAGAAAGUCAAAUCCUAGAAGCUUCCAAAGCCGGUGAUCUAGAACAAGUUCAAAAAUUAUUAUCAACUUAUCCUCACAUAGUUAAUUGCAGAGAUCUGGAUGGCAGGCAUUCAACCCCAUUACAUUUUGCAGCAGGCUACAAUCGAGUUUCGGUGGUUGAAUAUCUGCUCGCCCAUGGCGCUGAUGUUCAUUCCAAAGACAAAGGUGGACUUGUACCACUACACAAUGCCUGUUCGUAUGGACACUAUGAAGUAACUGAAAUGUUGGUGAAACAUGGUGCAAAUGUGAACGUUGCAGAUCUCUGGAAAUUCACGCCUUUACAUGAAGCAGCUGCAAAAGGAAAAUAUGACAUUGUUCGCUUGUUAUUGCAGCACGGAGCAGAUGCAAGCAAAAAGAACCGGGAUGGUGCAACUCCGCUUGAUUUAGUGCGAGAAGACGAUCAUGAAGUUGCAGACCUAUUGCGAGGUAACGCUGCUCUGUUGGAUGCAGCAAAGAAAGGAAACCUGGCUCGGGUUCAACGGCUGUUGACUGGCGAGAACAUCAACUGUCGUGACACUCAGGGGAGAAAUUCAACGCCUUUACAUCUAGCUGCUGGUUACAACAAUUUAGAAGUGGCAGAGUUUUUGCUGGAGCAUGGAGCAGACGUGAAUGCCCAAGACAAGGGUGGGCUCAUACCUUUGCACAAUGCCUCUUCCUAUGGUCACUUGGAUAUUGCCGCUCUGUUGAUCAAACACAACACAGUGGUAAACGCUACAGAUAAGUGGGGUUUCACACCUUUGCAUGAAGCAGCUCAGAAAGGUCGAACACAACUCAGCGCUUUAUUGCUGGCUCAUGGCGCUGAUCCGUUCCUAAAAAAUCAAGAAGGGCAGAGCCCCCUUGACUUGGCUAGUGCAGAGGAUGUGCGAAGUCUGCUCCAAGACGCCAUGGCUACGUAUUCCUCAACACCAGUCCUGCAGUCCUGCGAGUCGACCUCGACAUCACGCAUGGAGACUGUCGUCAUGCCGUCCGGCGCUUCAGUCACUCUAUCCACGCCAGAUAUGAGUCUUGUUCCGAGAGGCGAUGGAUGUUGCGCGGUUGAAUCUCAAAACGAAGGCGAUGCCAAAUGUGUUCCUCCCAUUUCUUCGAUAUCAAGUUUCUUAACUAGUCUUGGCUUAGAGCAUUUAUUGGAACUGUUUGAACGAGAGCAGAUCACAGUUGAUAUCCUAAUGGAAAUGACUCACGACGAUCUGAAACAAGUCGGAGUCUCUGCGUAUGGUUACAGGUUUAAGCUCCUAAAAGGCAUAGAGAAAUUGCACUCCUCUCAAGGUAUUCCACAAGGACUCAGCCCAAAUCAAACUACUUUACUCGUUGAUCUGUUACCCGAUGACAAAGAAUUUAUAGCCGUAGAAGAAGAAAUGCAAACAACAAUCCGACAGCACAGGGACAAUGGUCACUCCGGUGGUGUUUUCUGCUCCUAUAAUAUUAUUCGGAUCCAAAAAGUGCAAAACCGGAAACUCUGGGAAAGAUACUGCCACAGAAGAGAAGAGGUGAGCGAAGAAAACAAUCACCAAGCAAACGAACGUAUGCUUUUCCAUGGAUCGUCUUUCAUCAACGCUAUUGUUCAGAAAGGAUUCGAUGAACGGCAUGCCUAUAUUGGUGGCAUGUUUGGUGCAGGUAUCUAUUUUGCUGAACAUUCCUCGAAAAGUAAUCAGUAUGUUUAUGGUAUUUGCGGUGGGACUGGAUGCCCAAUGCAUAAAAAUAGAUCAUGUUACAUUUGUCAUAGGAACUUAUUGUUGUGUCGCGUAACACUCGGAAAGUCUUUCAUGCAGUUUAGCGCCAUGAAGAUGGCUCAUGCCCCUCCUGGCCACCAUUCUGUGAUGGGUCGCCCCUCCUACGGUGGACUUAGUUUUCCAGAGUAUGUUAUCUACCGAGGAGAACAAGCCUAUCCGGAAUACCUGAUAACAUAUCAAAUAGUCAAACCGAAGGUACCCACUGAUGUGUGAUGUGGAACAUCGGGUCUUAGACAUUCCUACAACCAACUUCUGCGUUAUCAUAUUUUCAUUGUGUUUCU